AGCUUGCUUUGGUCUUCCCCGAACCUAAGCUUCGUUUCCGAAUCUUCUAGGCCUGGCAUUUUUGCUUAUAAAUAGUAGACCUUUUUCUCGAUUGGAGAUAAGUCUUCAUACGUGUACGAGUUGAAAAGAUAUUUUCUCUCUUCGUUAAGAUAGCAAUUUGGAGAAAGUAGAAUGGCGUUAGUUUCUGGAGGAAGGUCAACAUUGAAUCCAAAUGCACCUCUGUUCAUCCCAUCUUAUGUACGACAAGUGGAGGAUUUUUCACCCGAAUGGUGGAAUUUGGUAACAACCGCAACAUGGUUCCGUGACUAUUGGACGAGCCAGCAUCAGGAUGAGGAAUUUGGCGAUGAUGAUUUUGGUUUAGCAGGAAAUGAUGUUGCUGACUUGCUUCCCGAAAAUAUUGAUCUUGAUGUUGAUGAAGAUAUUUUGAACAUGGAAGCUCAGUUUGAAGAAUUUCUUCAAUCAUCUGCAAGUGAGCAACAAGGAAUCAAGUCAUCAUACUCUGGUGUCAAUGGCUUACCCAAGGGUUCUGAGGCACUCGUAAGGACACUAAGCAUGCCAAAGCCAAAAUCUCCUUUCGAGACACCAAAGUACCACGAGAAGCCAGCAAAGAUCGUUAGCCCAAAGAACAGCCUUCGCCGCAUCCAGCAGCCUCGUUGAAUGAAGUUUAGCUUAAGC